AUGACUGCCCAAACACAGGAGGAGCUCCUCGCCGCCCACCUUGAACAGCAGAAGAUCGACGUGAGCCCCUCUUCCUUAUUUAUUGCCGACUACGUCAUCGCCUCCAUUGUUUAUGAUUUUGUGUCGAAUAUGGUGUCCGAAACGUGAUAUGGUUAUGUGGAAUGGGAUGGGAAUACAGGUGCAGGGCUUCUUAUGGCCUGGCAUUCGGGUGUUUUUCUUAUUGCUCAUUAUGACUGUUUUCGGACGAAGGUUUGAUACGAUAAACCGAUUGCUCUCAAAUCGAUUUAGGUCUGGUUUACUGGCUUCUAUGACAUGGAAGCGUGGACAGUGCUUUUUAUUAAAUCUUGGAGGGAUUGAACGUAAACGUUUCUUGUGUUCUUGAUCCGCGUCAUUAACGUAGAUUUUUCUGCAGACAGAGCAUUUAACCUCCAGAAAAAACCAUGUGCUCCUUUCACCUGACUUACGGGCCUUGCCUUUUGACGUGCGUUGUAGGCUUUGGCUUUUCCUUGAAUUCUAAAAAUACUGACCUUCGCUAUUGCCUUUGAAUUGUUGAUUACUGCAUAGCGUGUUAUCAUUUUCCCACUGUGAGUCUUACAAUUGAAAGUAUAUGAAACGGCUAUUUCUAAGUUCUAUGUCUGAACUUUGGAGUUAUGUGCGUGGCAAGCCCAUGAAAUCCCAAAAUGUAAUUUUAUUCAAUGUUUAAAACUUUUUAAAGUCAUUUUAUGUUUAAUAUGUUUCUACGUUGCCGCUUUUCCUCUCACAGAAUCGUAAACCCUUCGUAUGCCUGUGUUCUCCCUCUCGUUUUCUGAUUUCUCUCGACCCCUCUGACAUCCUUGAGCCAGUGAUGUUUUUCGUUCUUUAUCCCUUCUCUAAUUAGCCAUUGUUAUUUGAUAGAAUUCGGAUCCUUUUCUUCUGAAUAUGAAUUGUGUCUUUUGCUGACUUUUAUGGUUCAGAUUGAGCAAUUCUCGCGUUUGAACCAUUCUUAUCAUUAACUGGUUUAAAACCUUCUGAUUACACGCUCAUUUAUAAAGGCCAAAAGUUUGGCUGAUCGCAUCUUCGCCUCUCUUCGUAUACCUAAGCAGCCUAGGAAAAGAUUUUUGGGAGAUUUUCAGAGUUUUACCUGGCCAUUUGCCUGGCUACUCGACAGCUUAUUAAUGGACAAAAUAUUUGACAACGCAGUUUUGGUUUUCAUGCCCUUUUUUGGGAUUUUGUCGUGUUGGUGGUUAUUUUGAAUUAUCUUGGUGUUUUUAAUUAUUCUGUUUAUGUGAAUUUGUUACAGUCAGAACAUUGAGGAAAAUAUUGUUUAUUUCCCUCCAUAUUUCAAAGAAUCAAAUGACAUGAGGUUUCACUAUUUGACAGGCCCUUAUAAAGUUUAAGAUACAUCUUACAUCCUGAAAAUCUACAUCCGUAACUGAAACCUGUCGGCAGUAUGAUUUUGAAUACGAAUAUGCGUAUAUUCUCAUGGGACCUUACCGAAAAUUUUAAUUUCGUAGAAAAUCAUCGCGUAAUUUGGUUGUGCAGACGGUUUCAUUUUUCUUCCUCAAAACUUAUAAGAGGUUGUCUUCUGUUGAUCAUCAAGAUGCAUUUAACAAACCAUUGAAACACAAAAGGUGCUCAAUUAUGAAGCGUUGAUAUGAACAUGUCACAUACAACAUAUCAAGCAUGGAGAACGCAAGGUGGGUUUACAUUUAGGCAAGAAGAUGAUUAAUAAUAGCUUGUCUGCGGCCAACGAUAACAGAGAUUGGGGAUCUCAGCAAAAGAAUUAACCUUACAUUGCCAGUUUGAAACUAUUUUUACAUUGAAUUGUCAUUUUCUGAAUAUUUUAGAGUUCCUACUGAGUUCUUUGUUAUUCAAAUUGAAAAGUAUAUCUUCAUGUGAUCUGUUGGAUUUCUUAAAUGUGGCUGCAAUUUUGUUUCAGAACCUCAAUUACAUUAGCUCAUCUAUCCUGCUUGCUUUUUUAGAGCGUAUUAUGGUAGAACUAAGACUUAACCCUCUCUCUCUCUCUCUCUCUCUCUCUCUCUGAAACACACACACACGCACACACUCUUUUGUCAUGGUUCAAUCUCUUUCAUCGUAUGCUGUUAAUUCAUCCCCUUAUUUUCAUUAUCUGAUGCGUUGAAAUAUUCCUCUGUCCAGCCUGAUGAGCCAGUUGUUGAAGAUGACGAUGAUGAUGAUGAGGACGAUGAAGACGACGACAAGGACGAGGAUGAUGCCGAAGGUAGGGGAUGUUGACUUAAAUAAUGAAUCUAAUUUUCUUCAUAGUUUUAAGCGUAAUUCGAAGUUUCAGUUGAAUGUCGUGAGGGAUGCAGUUUCCCCCUCGAGUACAUGCAUUAAAUGCAAUCAAGUUUUCUUGUAUAUUCAUCUUUGUUUAUAAAAUUUCAGGCCUUGGUGAUGAUGGGAGUGGAAAGUCAAAGCAGAGCAGGAGCGAGAAGAAGAGCCGCAAGGCCAUGCUGAAGCUUGGCAUGAAGUCGUUUAGUGGUGUCAGUCGCGUCACCGUCAAGAAGAGCAAGAAUGUAAGCCCCUCUCUCUCUCUCUCACUAUUCUCAGCCUGCCAGGCUGUUAUGUGAAUGAAGCUCUGAUUAAAGGAGUUGGGGGGGAUUUUAUUUCCCCGCAGAUACUGUUCGUCAUUUCGAGGCCGGAUGUUUUCAAGAGCCCAAACUCGGACACCUACGUGAUCUUUGGGGAGGCAAAGAUUGAGGACCUGAGCUCGCAGCUGCAGACGCAGGCGGCGGAGCAGUUCAAGACCGCCGACCUGAGCCACGUCCUUUCCAAGGCCGAGUCAUCAGCGGCGGCAGCCGCGGCCCAGGAUGAGGAGGACGUGGACGAAUCCGGCGUUGACCCCAAGGACAUUGAGCUGGUGAUGACCCAGGCCGGUGUGUCGCGGGGGAAGGCGGUGAAGGCCCUCAAGGCAGCUGAUGGUGACAUUGUCACUGCCAUCAUGGAGUUGACCAACUAA